AUGAAAGGAGGGAAAAAGAAACCCAGUACGGAGUACGUACAACCUCCUCUAACGCCACACUCUGACCACCCGGCCACAGUGAAUGGCGAUGAUGAUGUAGCAGGUGCGGCGGAGGACCUCCGAGAGGAAAAUGAGCGUUUUGAAGCUACAGAGGAGACUUUGGAAGAAGAAAAUGACGGAGACGAAGAUGAUGACUCCGAGACUGAAAAAGACUAUAACCACUUCGAAAACCUGCAAAUCGAAGAGCCCGAGGCGGGAGCUGAGGCCGAGCGCUCGAAGCUUGCUGAUGGGUAUUAUGAGAUCGAGGCCGUACGCAGAAAGCGAGUUCGAAAGGGCCAAGUGCAGUACCUCAUAAAAUGGCGAGGCUGGCCCGAAGCUGAGAACACAUGGGAGCCUGUAAAGAAUCUAUUGCAAUGCUCCGAUGUUAUUGAUGCUUUUGAAGAAAGUUUGAUAACAGGUAAAAGUAGGUCAGCACGUGGGCGAAAGCGCAAACAUGGUAUCACUCAUGCUCAGGUGAAGAAAAAACAGCAGCAGCGACCUUCUGUAGCUACUACAUAUAAUGUGCCUUCUCAUAGGGUUGGGAUUGCGGAGGGCCCUAUGAACUAUCCUCAGCUAAAUAACUUAAAUGUUAUGAAUGGCAAAGGGAAAACUGAUGUCAGCGGUGUGAAUGGCUUUGAGAUAUGCAAGAAACUGAACGAGCAUGGUAUGAAAAUGGUGUCCCCUACGAGGGGAGAAAGUAAAGAGCAAAAUGAAUUGGAUCUGAAGCUUUGUGAACUGAAGGAAUCAAUUAUGGUCAGUGAAGAGAACGCAAAUAAGUUUGGUGUACAUCAUUCACAAGAGGACUUAGUUACUGGAGGAGAUGUCCUUGCAAAUGGGUUGCCCAAGCCUGAUGGUGGGGAUCCAGUUCAAUCUGGCCGUUGCACUGGAGCUAAAAAGAGGAAAUCUUUUCCAGUUAAGAGGUUCAAGCAAGAGUCAGCAUUACGCAGCGGGGACGGUACACAAAAUGCAAUUUCUGCUUGUAGUAUGGCAGAACAGAAAGAUUUGCAAACUCAUGCAUUUAUGGUGAAUGAUUGGGAUUUCAAGAAUAAAUUUGACAACUCCAAAGAAAAGUGCAACAUUACUCAGAUUGUUAAGCCUAUUAGCUAUAGCAGUUCCACAUCAAACAAUGGUGAAGAAAUCUCAUUAACCUUUGAGGCUCUGAGGUCUGAUGGAACUAAAGUGAUGGUGGACAACAAAUUCUUGAAGGCCAACAAUCCGAUACUUUUAAUAAACUUCUACGAGAAACACCUACGGUACAGUCCCACAUGA